GUGCAUAGUGAUGGUAGGAGGCAGCGGCACUGAAAUCAACAGGCAUUUUCAUAUGUUAAAAUAAUUAUGGACAAAUGUGAAGGUGAAUAAAAACAUAGAUAGAUAGAUAGAUAGAUAGAUAGAUAGAUAGAUAGAUAGAUAGAUAGAUAGAUAGAUAGAUAGAUAGAUAGAUAGAUAGAGCGCUAAACCCAUCAAGUGAUGUCACAGCCUUGCUGCGCCUCCCCUGCAGUCUGCUGGACCUGAGGUUUUUGAAUAUCCCCCACCCACCCUUCGCUCAAAACUUUUUUUCCCCGGCACUGCCUUCAGUCGGAGCACCGGAGAGCGGUGGGUGUGAUGCCGUUGAGCGUGUGGUCGCCGCGCCGCCGUCGGAGCGCUCUCUCUGCGGUCGGACCACAGUAAGAAAACGCGCAGGACGGCGAGCAGCAGCACAGGAGCUCUAUGUUUAAGGACUGCACAUUGGAGAAAAGUGGCUGCCCGGAGCCCGUCAGCAUGCGGGUCCUGUUGAGCGUCCUGUACCCCGUCCUCUCCCUCACCAUCUUCGGAUUAUAUCCCUCCAUGACUAUCGGCCCGAAGGAGGGCUGGCAGGUGUACAGCUCGGCCCAGGAUGCUGAUGGGCGCUGUAUCUGCACAGUGGUGGCACCAGAACAGAGCCUGUGCUCCAGAGACGCCAAGAGCAGACAGCUCCGCCAACUCCUAGAGAAGGUGCAGAACAUGUCUCAGUCCAUUGAGGUGCUGAACCUGCGGACUCAGAGGGAUUUCCAAUAUGUCAUGAAGAUGGAAAACCAGAUGAAGGGCCUGAAAACCAAGUUCAGACAGAUUGAGGAUGACAGGAAAUCCAUCAUGGCCAGGAACUUCCAGGAGCUUAAGGACAAGAUGGACGAGCUGAAGCCGUUGAUCCCCGUGUUGGAGCAGUACAAGAUGGAUGCCGCGCUCAUCUCGCAGUUCAAGGAGGAAAUCAGGAACCUGUCGGCGGUGCUGACUGGCAUCCAGGAGGAGCUCGGGGCCUACGACUACGAUGAGCUCUAUCAGCGAGUUCUGCGACUGGACAACAGGCUCCGCAGCUGUAUGGGCAAGCUAACGUGUGGGAAAUUAAUGAAAAUCACUGGACCUGUUACAAUAAAGACAUCUGGAACCCGGUUUGGGGCAUGGAUGACUGAUCCUCUAGCAUCGACCAGAAACAACAGGGUCUGGUAUAUGGACAGUUACACCAACAGCAAAAUCGUGCGGGAGUACAAGACAACGGAUGACUUCGUGACAGGAGUGGUUUCCCGAACCUACAGCCUCCCAUUCAAAUGGGAGGGGACCAAUCACAUGGUCUACAAUGGAUCGCUUUACUACAACAAGUACCAAAGCAACAUUAUUGUCAAGUACAGCUUCGAGACAGGCAGCGUGCUGGCCCAGCGUGCUUUGGAGUUCGCCGGCUUCCACAACAUGUACCCAUACACAUGGGGGGGAUACUCCGACAUCGACGUUAUGGCUGACGAACUGGGGAUGUGGGUUGUGUACGCGACCAAUCAAAACGCUGGGAACGUUGUCAUCUCCCAGAUCGACCCCGACACCCUGCAGGUCCUGAAGACCUGGAACACGGAGUACUCCAAAAGGAAUGCAGGCGAAUCCUUCAUGAUCUGUGGGACGCUCUAUAUCACCAACUCUCACCUGUCCGGAGCAAAAGUUUACUACGCUUACUCUACCAAGACUUCGACUUACGAAUACAUAGACAUUCCCUUUCACAACCAGUACUUUCAUAUCUCCAUGCUUGACUACAACGCCAGAGAGAGAGCACUGUACGCCUGGAAUAACGGACACCAGGUAAUUUUUAAUGUCACCCUCUUCCAUGUCAUAAAAACUGAUGAUGACUCUUAAACACACGUUUCCUAUCACAACUAAAGCACCAUCAUUUGUGAUACAAGGACCUCCUAAGUAACCAUGUUUUGUCAGAAAUUGGACUAUAUAUUUACUUGCCACUACUUGAACUUUUCUGAUUUGUGGCUCUGGAUUCUUAGCUGAACUGAGCAUGGACACCGAUGACUUGAUACCUUACUGGAGAAAAAAAAAAAAAAAA